GCCAAUCAUUAGGCUUCUAAGCAAAGCGACGGAGUGAGAAAGAGAAAACAUCUCGCAGAGUGUUUAUUUUCGUGAGUCUGUCGUCUUAAAAGCGUAACUUCAAACAGAAUGCGGACGUUUUUAGCUGACAUAGUCGAGCAAGGUUUUCCGAUGAUCUCUGUUCAUAAAGCGACUCUCGCCGGGACUGUUUACAAAGUCUUCACCUGCUAAGCUAACCGCUGUGCACCAACACUGAGUAAGUCGGGCUGCUGUUAGCCUAAGCUCCCACCAUCCCUACCUAAAAUGGCAGCCCUGCUACAGCGACCCCGCGCGGCUCUGCUCUGUUUGUCGAUACUCUACUUGACCGGCGGCAUGUCCAUCCCGGACCCCAAGCAGAGAGAGGCUCUAAUAAAGCAGGAGUCCUCCAUGCAGACAGGUGGGCAGCAGGUGUUGACCGACGCCGAACAGCGUCUGAAUGCUCCCCUGUUAAAAAUGAAACAAGACGAGAUGGAAAGAGAGGAAUUUCCUCCUGCUAUGCACUUCUUCAAAGCCAGGGAACUCAUCAGGAACAGUCCCAUCUUCAAGCUGCUGCAGAAAAUGCCUAAAGGUGGAGCUCUACAUCUCCAUGACUUCUCCAUGGUAGAUGUCGAAUGGCUGGUGAAGAACGCGAGCUAUCGGCCACAUUGCUAUAUUUGCUUUACUAGCCGGUCCGUCAGAUUCAACUUCUCGUCUCAGCAACCGAAACCUCUGCCAUAUUGCUCUUCUUGGUCCCUGCUGGAAAGCCUCAGGGCCAAGACCGCGAACACCACAGAUCUUGACAACAGGUGAUCUUGUCUGUGUUGCAAAAAAUAAUAAUUUAGAAAGAGACAAUAGA